GCAUUCCUCAUUCCUAUCGUCCCUCAUCGAAAUCCGCAAUGCAGCGUUGUGAGUCUCCCUUUGCCAAUAUCCCAAUUGGAACAUCAUGCGCUGCGCUUCAUUCCGAGCUGAAGCCCUUUUUGUUGCAGCAAAACAAGAUCACUCGCGUCUCAGUUCAUGAUAAAUUCAAUUCGUCCUGCCCGACACUGUCUCAGCUACCCAUCAGCCGCUCUCUUGCCCACACUCCUUUUGACGCUCGUUAACCUUUCUUUUCAAGAUGAGAGUCGAACUUCUCACAGUCUGGGCUUUGCUCGGAUUAGCCGCCGCCCACGCCAUCGAGCGGCGCGACCCUCCCGCUUGUGAUCAUG